AUGAACGUGUUGUCCUCGACAAAUCCAUCGCUAACAUCGGCGCCUACUAAUUCGUCGCCGCGGCCGCCAUCAUCAUCAUCAUCAUCGCCACCGGGACAAGCUCAAACGCAAAGCUCAACAAAAACGACACCACCUGAAUCACCAAUGACUAUCGGAAUGACUUUCUCUUCAACUGCCAGCAAGACGCGACCCCUGGAUCUAUCCGCCUCGGAUAGGAUUACUGCAACCACCUCUGCUAACUUAGUUUCCCUAGAAUGUCCCAAACUAAUAAAAAUAGAAGAGGAGAAUAUGGAGAGGGAGGAAAAGGUUUCCACGAUCAAUGAAAUAUCGGCCGUUGAGGCAGAGAAGCCUUUAAAAGUAGAGAGUGAGGAAAAGAUCGCCUCACCGGGAGAGAAGUCUUUCAAAUCAGUGGAGACAGCCAUCUCAGAACAUCCGAGGUUGGAGGAGGUUUCAGCUCAGCUGAAAACUCUGACGGAGUUUUUUAAGACCCUUACCAACUCAUCCUCAUCCCUGGACGCCACAGUAGCAUCUCUUCAUGCCCUAAUCGGAAAGAAGUCCGACAAAGAUGCGGGGAGUGAUGCAGGUUCCCUGGAAGCCCUUCAUCAACUCGGCUGGCAAUUGAUAAGUCUCGGAAGAAAUGCUUCACGUACUACUCAUUCAUUCAUUCCAACAUCCACAGGUCCGUCGUGGAUGCCUGGAAGUAGACAACAACCUCCUCCACCACCCCCACCGCCACCACCACCCUCGCAGUCACAAUCACAACAACCGCUCUCACAUGUUCAACAUCCCCAGUCUUCUAUGUCGGGGAUUUCCAUGCGCGGAAAUCAGAAGUACAGUGCAUUCUACCAACACACCAGGAAGCAUCAAGUGAUUGAAGAAGCGGAGUCACUUCGACAAUCUGUCGCAACUCCCGCUCCACCUUUUCAUCGCCUUGGAUUCCCUUCCAGGCGUGUGAAUGGACCCGCUCUUCCAAGCCACACAAAAGGACACUUUUCCAAUCCGUCUGGCGGUCUGGAACCAUCUUUGAAACCUUCUGUAAUAAGUCAACGGUUGCAGAGCGAAAUAACUUCGCCACCACGCAGUCGAGAAACGGCUUUCCUUUGCAGUUGUGGAGAUGAUUUUGAGAGUCUCUAUGGCUUCACCCUUCACAUGCGUGACACAGGACACAAACCCCGCAGCAGUCAGCCGGAACGCGACAUCCCGAAGUUGGUGCGAGGCCAGGAUAUGUGGAUCAACAGUGAGACGGAGCAGACGCGGGAAAUUCUACGGUGCAUGCGGUGUAAUCAAUCCUUCCGUAGUCUGCCCGAGUUAACAAUGCAUAUGAUGAAGACAAGUCAUUACUCGGAGAUUGUCUAUAGCGAUGCGGGGCGAAAUUUGCUAGCUAGUCAAACCUUCUCAUCCGUAGCGGAGAGAAAUCGAUCUGGAAGCUCCAUGAAUACCUCUUCGUGGAAUCCUACUGGUUUGAAAACGUCAUCUUCUUCGAUGUCUCUAAAAAGACCUAUUCGAGGCAGUGUACCUUCUCAAAAUGGACUUGCAAUGUCUUCCGAGCCUACGAAAAACAUUGAGUCAUCUACGAUUGAGAAGAAAGUGAAUGGACAUCCAGAGGCACCUCACAUAGGAAACAAAUCGUCGCGCCUGGAGGAGCCGCAGAAAUGCGAAAGACCUGCAAGUUCAUAUGAGAUGCACGUAGUGAAACCUUCUCCAAAACCAGCGGCCUCACCAGAAGCUCUGUCCUGUCCAUCGGACCUUCAACGAAGUGCUGCAUCCUCGCCACGAAAUGAGGGGGAGAAGCAAGAGCAAAAGUAUCUCAACUCACCAACUUCCAGUCGGGAAAACACCAGUCCACGAGCAUCCGAAGAAGAGGCAUCUCGCCGAGGCUGUACGGACAGUGUGAUUAGGCAAAUUGAAAGCUUCGUGGAGAAGAGCCUGCCAAAAUCCAGCACUUCAAGUCCGGUGGCCUCCAGAACUCCAACAUGGCAGCAGAGGCAGCAGAUGCAGGGUCUCAUAAAACCGGCGGCAUUUGGACGCUGCAAUCUCUCCCCAUUAACUGAGACUGAUACAAGUAGGUCUACCCCGGAUAAGUGCGUACAAAGAAAACGUCGUUUUUCCAGUGGAUCCUCCAAUUCUAUGGCAACUUCCAGUGUCCCGACUGCCAACGCAUCCACCGAAGUGUCGGCAGAGAAGCGUCCGCUUUUGGCCAGCUUUUCUGCUGAAGUUGGAGGCCCCGAAAAUCCGUUGUCUUCUCUACAAAAGCUCGUAGAAACCACACAUCAAAGUGGAACGGGCUUAAAAAGCCCUAUUAGACCAUUUAGUCAGACUAGUGAAAUUUCACCUGUACCAUCCAAUCAAUCCAAUGACGUGGAAGGCUCCGGAGGGGUUAAAACUGCACCUUCAACGGCAGAGGCGGUCCAUCAACAAACCAGUAUUGUCGCAGCGCUCUCAGCGCUGCAAAACUUAAUGUCGAAGGUGUCAACCCCUUCACCUACCGCCAAUUCCUCCAAACAACCGCAGACUUCACCACCCAAUUUGGACUUUCUUUUACCUUCAAACGGUGAAAACGACACAGCUAAUUGGAUGGGACUCCUAAGUACUUUCCUCAACGCGACGAAGCAAUCGGAUACAGAGUCAAAGAGAUCUGAAACGAGUCUAUCAAUCUCUAAUCUUUCUUCUUCAAAGAUGUUCGAGCAGCCUUCUGCUGUGUUUCCAGCUGGAGGAUUUGAGUUCAGCGCUGUAGCGAAAGCUCAACCCCUUUCGGUGCAUAUGAACCCACCAACGAUGACUUCAGCAGGUCCUAGCAUUGUAGCAAACAUCACCAAGAAGGCAAAAUGUCACUUUUGCGGUAAGCCUUUUGCAAAUAAAGGUCAAGUUCGUCUCCACAUUAGCAAGAAUAAGUGUCCAUGUCUGCUUCAACAAUCUGCAUUGGCUAAGCCGUCAGGAGGUGCUACAUCGGCAAGUACUAUUGGCUCACAGGUUCCAGAUAAGCAUGGGCUGCCGUUUCCCUACCCCGGAUUUCCACCUGGGGCUGCGGAUUUGAGUAGAUUUUUCUCACCACCUCCCCCACCAACGCAUCAUCAACAGCAACCCGCCCAGCAGACCACACAGCCACCAUCAUCAUCACAACCUUCAGUACCUCAACAGUCAACGCAACAGAAAUCGACGGAUACCAAACCCCACGCAGAGGCUGCUGCUCUAGCUGCAAUUUUACGACAUUUCAAUGUCACGCAAACUGGCAGGCCAGCAGGUCUGAAACCUACAGAUGUUUUGGCGUCUCUGGCAAGACCAACAGAAACAAAUACUGGGAACGUUCCUGCCUCUUCAAACCCCCUCUUUUCCAUCUUCUUUCCUUCAACCAACAUUGCUGCUGCGGCACCGCCCCCACCACCACCACCGCCACCACCCCCAACGCAACCUGUGGAUACGGCCGGACUAACUCCAGAGCAGAAAGCCUUGUUCCUCUUCGCGCAGGCUAUGGUCUCUCUAGCUGUGGGAGCAUCUAGUACAACAACUAGUGGCAAAAUUGGAGAAGAAAUGACUCAACCGCAGCCACCACCGCCGCCUCCUCCACCUCCCCCACAACUACCAGCGUAUCCACCAUUAACAAGUCUUCUACAAAACUUUAACAUCACUCCGACACCACCGCAAGAGGUGGCUGUGAAUCCUGAAACUUUGGAAUCCUAUUUGAGCGCGAUUCGACACCUCGCGUCGUUGGGAAAUGCAGCGGCUCUAGCGGCAGCGACAGUGGGUGUUGCCUCCACAGCUUCGAUGACAGGGACUAACACUACCACAACGACGACGGCAACAGCAUCCAUGGUGUCCUCAAAUUCCUUGACUGGUGGUGAGAGUGUGCCAGUUGCUACUAAGGAGGCAGAGUCACAGUAA